AUGGGAGGCCAUCCAAACUUAGCGACGCCCAAUAUAUCCGGAAAAGUGGCUAUAGUCACUGGGGGACACACAGGACUAGGAUUCGGUACAAGUGAUGAGUUAGCUAAACAUGGUGCCCGUGUAUACAUUGCUAGUCGGUCAGGCUCAAAGGCCGAGGAAGCCAAAAAUGACAUUCUGAAGGAGUUCCCCUCCGCAGAUAUCCAUUUCCUCCCGCUUGAUCUGACGGAUCUGGAGAGUGUCCGACAGGCAGCUGCUAAAUUUACCCAGCAUGAAUCAACCCUUCAUAUACUGGUCAAUAAUGCUGGAGUGAUGUGUGUGCCAUACGAAGAAACGAAAGAUGGAUUUGAAAUGCAGUUUGCAGUGAAUUAUCUUGGGCAUUUUCUUCUUACAAAGCUGCUGCUUCCAACGCUUUUGAAAACUGUUGAGUCUGUCCCCGCAGGCACAGUUCGAAUUGUGAAUGUAUCCAGUGACGCGCAUGAAAAACUGGCGCCAAAACAGGGCAUGAUCUUUUCCGACAUGAACAUGAAAGAUGGUUUCUCAGUCUGGGCUCGGUAUGGCCACUCAAAGCUUGCCAACGUGUUGCAUUCCAAAGAAUUGGCGAAGAGAUAUGCCAAAAUUAUGUCUCUUUCUUUGCAUCCAGGGACUGUCAAAACCGGCUUGUCGCAGGGUCCGCUGUCAUCAACGCCAAUGUAUCGUUUUAUUAAACCCCUUGUUGAGCUGGGUGCCCGUGGUCCACGUGAAGGGGCGGGUGCCAUUGUUUAUGCCGCAACAUCUACGGCUCUCAAAAUUAAUCUCGAUAAUGGAGCUUAUCUUCUCCCAGUUGGCAAAGUUUCAGUGGCUAGCAAAGCUGCAAGAGAUACAACAAUGGCACAUGAUCUAUGGGAUUGGACCGAGGAAAGGGUGUAA